AUGCUGCUGCUGCUGGCACUGCUGUUAUGCUGGGGGGUGCUGCCCCAAGCCCAAGGGACAACCCACCAUCCUCUCUUCCUGCGGAUCAACAAGAGCCAGCUGGAAACAGACAUCUCUGAUCUAUUAGAAGAGCACGAGGUCCUGAAGGGUGUGGUCAGGAUGACUUUGACUGGAUCCCCAAGUGAGGGUGUGUCUGCCCUGGACCGCCUGCCCUUCGUCAGAAAUGAGCUUGUUGGGAAGAAGAGUGGGCUAGACCUGUCACUCGUGGGGGACCUGCUCUCUGGGAAGACUAUGCCUGAGCUGAAGAAACUGCUGAAGACAGCUGGGUUGGUCAUAGAAGAUGCCAAGGGACCAGAAGUCACCCUGCAAAUUUUAAGUGACAGCCUGCUGCAGAUCACACUGCGCUGCAAACUGUACCUCUCAUUCCUGGAGAUCCUGUGGCUAGAAGCCAUCAAGAACAUCCGCAUUGGAGUACGGCUAGAACAGAUAGGCAACAAGACCCAGGUGGCCUUCGAGGAGUGCCACGCGCCACCUGGAAGCCUGAACAUUGAGAUCCUGAAGCGAUCAGACACCCUGUUGACAAACCAACUGCUGAAACUGGUGACCAACAUCCUGGAGGAAUCCCUGCCUUUCCUCCUCCAGAAGAUAGUGUGCCCUGUGGCCACAAACCUGAUCAACUUCCUGCUAGAAGAAAUGCUACACAUCAUCCUUCCUCCGGUCAUCUCCGGUCCCAAUGAUUUCCAGUACUAUCUGACCACCACGGAGUUCGCAGAGGGAGCCAUCCUGAUGAGAAUGGAGCUUGUGACUCCCUGUGGCCCACACCAGCGGGCACCAAGGUCAGAGCACAUGGCUCCCCCACCUCUCCCAGGAUUAUCCCAAAACAGCAUGGCAGAUCUUGCCUUUUGGCUAGAAAUCUACAAUGACAUCUUGGCCUGUCUCUACACCAGCCAGGAGAUCUUCGUGAAGCCCUGGGACUCCUCGGAAACUGGCCUCUGGGAACUGUUGUCCCUGACCACCUCGAAGUCCCUGCCAGAGGCUUAUAAUCUGACCAGAGGGAGCCUGGACCUGAUCAUCAGUGCCCCAGACCCCCCCACCGUCCACCUCGAUGACUGCAGGACCACUGUCACCCAGCAGGGCUUACUGAUGCUACAUGGGACCAAUGCCUCCUCUAGUGCAGUUGCCUGGCAACUCUUCUGCAGAGGCGAGUUCUCCUUAAGGAAUCAGAAACAACAACUCCAACUCACACCACACGGUGCUGUGGUCACCUUGGGCUCCUAUCCCACCAUCAUUGAGAAGCAGGAAGAGCACCUGAAGAUCUUGCUCUUGACUGUCCUGAAGAGGUGGUUCCUGCCUCACCACAACCAGUGGCUCAGUGAGCACAGUCUCCCACUGGCCAACAUCAAGGGCAUCUCGUUCAGCCAUGCUCAAAUAGACUUCUCUGAGGAUUACAUUCUGCUGACCGUUCCUGAGUAG